ACUUCCGGUUUUCCCUUCCAAGCGUCAACUUUUCUUUUUCCCAGGCGGCAGCUAGAGCAGAAGGCGGAUAAGUUUUGGACAGAAGAGGCUUCCGUUGAGGGGCGUGGCGACGCAGCCGCGGUCUGAGAGACCCGGUUCACGUGUAGGCAGCGGCGGAUUAGAUUCCUUCAUCUACCAUGGCUCAGCCGGGAACUCUGAACCUCAAUAACGAGGUUGUGAAGAUGAGAAAAGAAGUGAAGAGAAUUCGAGUUUUAGUUAUCCGAAAACUUGUCAGGAGUGUUGGCCGACUGAAGUCAAAAAAGGGUACUGAAGAUGCACUGUUAAAAAACCAAAGACGGGUGCAACGAUUGCUUGAAGAAAUCCAUGCCAUGAAGGAAUUGAAACCUGAUAUAGUAACUAAAUCUGCUCUUGGUGAUGAUAUCAACUUUGAAAAAAUUUGCAAAAAGCCAGAUUCUACUGCAACUGAAAGAGCAAUUGCCAGACUAGCAGUACAUCCUCUUCUGAAGAAAAAGAUAGAUGUGCUAAAAGCUGCUGUCCAAGCCUUUAAAGAAGCAAGACAAAAUGUUGUUGAAGUUGAGUCAUCAAAGAAUGCUUCAGAGGACAAUCAUUCUAAGAAUACUUUGUAUUCAAAUGAUAAUGGAAGUAAUUUACAGCAUGAAGGAACUAUCAUCAGUGAGCAAAAAGUCAAAGAAACCAAAAUAUUGGCGAAGAAACCAAUACAUAAUUCAAAGGAAAAAAUAGCCAAGAUGGAACAUGGACCUAAAGCAGUGACUGUUGCAAAUUCUCCAUCAAAGCCUUCAGAAAAGGAUUCUGUAAUUUCCCUUGAGUCCCAGAAGACACCUGCUGACCCAAAACUGAAAACACUAAGUCAAACCAAAAAAAACAAAGGAUCUGAUAGCUCACUCUCUGGUAACAGUGAUGGUGGAGAAUUAUGUGAAGAGGAGAAGGAAUAUUUUGAUGAUAGCACAGAAGAAAGGUUUUACAAGCAGUCUUCCAUGUCUGAAGAUAGUGAUAGUGGUGACGACUUCUUCAUUGGGAAAGUCAGACAGACACGAAAGAAGGAAAGUUGUCAUUCUUCAGUUAAGGAACAAAAACCACUCGAAAAAGUGUUUCUUAAAGAAGAUCAAGGUGAAACUCAUGGGGAUACAAGAAAUGACAAAACCAAGCCAAGUACAGAAACCAGAAAGUUAGAAUCGGCAUUUUUCCACUCUUUAUCUGGAUCUAAAAGCUCUAGAAGAAAUUACAAAGAACAGGCUCCAAAAACAAGAUCCCUAGGAAAAAAUGGAAGGCACACAACAGGUCUACUACCUGAAAUUCUGCUGAGCAAAGAUUAUGAAGGCUCUGAGAGGAACUUCUUUAUCCAUUAUUCUUCAUGGUCCGUGUCUAGGGAGAGUCUUUGUUUCAUGGCCACAUCUGAGGUGGGUAUUUAACAUGAUCUCUUUGGAGUUUGCCCCAAGUCACUGGUACAAAUAUAAAGUGAUGAAGAUUGUACAAAGUUCAGCAGAGGUUUUUUCCAUCCCAGGCUUGUGAUUUCUUUCACUAUAUACCUCCUCAAAAACUCAGUGGAUUUCUGACCUCUGUUUCCUUCAGUCCAUCUGUGGGCUAGUUAUUGUACUGAAAAUUCUUUCUUAGAGCUAGUUCUCAAACUUGUCUUAUUUAUGUUUGUUUGUGUUUUGUUUUGUUUUUCCCACUUUCCACUCUCAUUCAGCAUCUACUGCAUUGAGAAUUAUCAGAUUUGGAUGGAAUGCCAUGCAUUUAGUCUUAUCUCUGCUCUAGGGCUGAGGUGCUGUGGGCCUUUUGUUGCUUAAAACUUUUCUUAGACUUGCAGGUUACUGUUUGGAAGUCAAAGGCUUUUCUAAACCUUAAGUUCCCAAAUAUCUAGAUUCUUUCUCUUCUCUCUGUUCUCUUUUGUGUAGUGCAUAGUCAAGGACAGCCAGUAAUACACUGAUCUUUUUAUUCUUUCCAACCAGUUACCUUUGUACAGCAAACUCCAUAGGCUUGUGGCCUGCUUGCCAAGUUAUCACUGACAACAGUUUUACCUAUUUCUUUGGCACAUAGGUUGCUUGCUUAUUCUCAGUUAUCUGUUUCCUUGCUACCCACCACCGAACUGCUAAGCCAAUGCCAAAUUUUUAUGUUAUUGUAAUGGUACUUCAGAGUACCAAUUUUAGUAUUAUUCAUAGUAGACUACCUGCUAUAACAAGUAACUACUAAAUCUCAGUGGUUUGUCAUCUAUCACUCUGUCUGCUCCUAGGAGUUUUAUUCUAUCUUGUGCCUCUUGCCUCCUCUGGAUCCUAGGAGUUCUCUUUGUUCAUCAGCGAUAGAGAAGUAAUGGAAGAUUGAAUGUGAGGUUUUUAUGGUCCAGGCCUUUUACUUACAUUUUAUUGGUCAUAACUCAGUUAGCCAUAUGACCUCACCUAACUGCAGCAGGAAUGGAAACUAUAUUCUGACUGUAUGCCUAAAAGGAAGAUAAUACAGGAUUUGACAGAAACAUGUCAGUAUGCCCCAUUUAUACCAUAUAUUCACAAACAUAGGAUAACUAAAUAUAAGACAUACCUACAUUUUCACAAUGAGAAUAUCCAAGUAAAGGGUUUUUUGUGCUUAGCUGGUAUACUUAAAAUAUUUGCCAGUUUAUUUACAUAUACAACUCUAUGUAAUAUAUAAAAUAAUAUAUUCAUUUAGAAAUACUGCCUUAUUCAAAUCUCAGUUUCUAUGAAACAGGUUUUUUUAAAACUUUUCAUUACAGCCACUCUUUGAAUAUUGUAACAGAUUUCUAGAGCACAUGUGAUUUGUAUAAGAUAAGGGUUGUUUUGAUUUCUGUCUAGAUAAUGUUUUGUAAAUAUUAUCCCAAACUAUGCACUGGUUUAUAUAACAUUAUUACAUUUGUUUUCUUAAAGAGGUCUUUAAAAGGCUUCUGACAGGCCGGACAUGGUGGCUCAUGCCUGUAAUCCCAGCACUUUGGGAGGCUGAGGCGGGUGGAUCAUCUGAGGUCAGGAGUUUGAGGUCAGCCUGACCAAUAUGUCUCUACUAAGAAUACAAAAAUGAGCCAGGCGUAGUGGCACACGCCUGUAAUCCCAGCUUCUCAGGAGGCUGAGGCAGGAGAAUUGCUUGAACCUGGGAGGUGGAGGUUGCAUGAGCCAAGAUCACGCCACUGCACUCCAUCCUGGGCAACAGAGCAACACUCUGUCU